UCAUCCACCGUGUCAUUUCAAAAGCCAAGUGAGGAGGCUGGGAAAGCUGUGCACUACAGUUGUUCUGAAAUCCACACUGUUUUUCGUUCUGGACUCCAGAGGUUACACCCAGGAUCACAAUAACCUCUCUUUUGGACAGAAAAUUAACUGGCAGCAAGACAUCAUGGAAGACUUUGACUACUUCUUUGAUGGAUUUGAGAAUUACACUUAUCCCUUUGAGUAUUCUCAAGAAGAGCUGGAGUUGGGAGAGAAAGCUCACCUGGGAGCUGUGCAGUGGAUUUCCCUUGCAUUAUAUAGCCUAGCAUUUGUCCUGGGGGUGCCAGGAAAUGCCAUUGUCAUCUGGUUCACAGGGUUUAAGUGGGAAAAGACAGUCGCCACUCUCUGGUUCCUCAAUCUGGCCAUUGCGGAUUUCAUCUUUGUUCUCUUCCUACCUCUUUACAUCUCCUAUGUGGCCAUGAAUUUCCAUUGGCCCUUUGGCACCUGGCUGUGUAAAGCCAACUCCUUCAUUGCCUUGUUGAACAUGUUUGCCAGUGUGUUUUUCCUCACGGUGAUCAGCCUGGACCGUUAUAUUCAUCUGAUUUGCCCUGUCUUCUCUCAACGUUACCGAACACUAAAGAACGCCCUUUUUGUCAUUGGCAUGGUCUGGCUGGUGGCAGUUAUAAUUGGUAGUCCCACCCUGUACUUCCGAGAAACUCUUGACCUCAACAACCACACCAUCUGCUACAACAAUUUCCACCCGAAUGAUACCGGCAUUAUUUUAAUGAGGCACCAUGUUCUGACCUGGACAAAAUUUGUUUUGGGUUACCUCCUGCCCCUGCUCACCAUGAUUAUUUGUUACUCACUUCUUGCCCUCCAGGUGAAGAAGAGAGUGACCCUGACCUCCAGCAAGCACUUCUGGACAAUAUUGGCCGUGGUGCUGGCCUUUGUGAUUUGUUGGACCCCCUUUCACCUCUUUAGCAUUUGGGAGCUGUCAAUUCACCAUAGCAGCCACUUUCACCACGUGCUUCAGGCAGGACUCCCCCUCUCUACUGGUUUGGCCUUCUUCAACAGCUGUCUGAACCCUCUUCUUUAUGUCUUGAUUAGUAAGAAGUUUCAGGCUCGCUUCCGGACUUCAGUUGCUGAGCUCUUAAAGCAUACGUUACGUGAGGUCAGCUGGUCCGGGACAACGAGUGAACAGUUUAAACACUCAGAGGCCAAGAACCUGUGCCUCCUAGAAAUGACUCCAUGAGGAGGGUCCCCAAAAUUGAAGCUAAAACAAAAGAAACCCAAACUGACCAUGACAUGACAUGCCAGUAAGAAGCAACUGGUUUUUGUUUUUGUUAUUUUUUUUAAUAAAAUAAGCAAGCCAGGCAAAUACUGGCUAGUUAACCACUUUAUCAGUGAGCCAUUCUUCUCUUAUUUUUCCACUGUGCAGUAUAGCUUUUGUGUGUGGAUGUGCCUGUUUAUGGGUAUCUCCUAACUAGGAUAUCUUUGAAUCAAAUCUAAUUACAAGAUAUCCAGUAAGCCAUUUUUCUAUGUUGACUGAGGCAGCCCUAUUUAGGGUUGCCAUAGAUGUGGGAAGAAGCUUUUUUAAUUUGAUUCUUGCUCAUUACACUACACUGACAUAAUCUCUGAUUUUGAAGCAUUUUAUUAUUUUCUUAGAAUAACUUAAAAGAUCCUGGAGUCUAUAAUUAAAGAUAAGAUAGAUUUUUUUUUUACAAGAAUACUAAGGUAUAUGCUGCUUCUAACGUUCGUUUUCAUUUUUGCAGAUAGCCUCACAGACAUAUUCACAAUGUUACAAAUAGGUUUAUUCUUAAUUAUAUGUAAUUCGUGCAUUCUGCCAGAGAAUGUAUGUUAUAUUCAUUUAAAGUUUAUUACUAGGAAUUUAAAUAGAUUCUCAAAACUGGUGUUAUGUGUAUGUGUGUGAGUGGAUGUUAAGAACAUCAUAAACCCACAAGGUUGACAUCUAAGUAGACAAUAGACUUGGACAAAAGAUAAUGGGAAAAAUAUAGAAUUUGGAACCAAAAGAACUGGGAUUGAAUGUUGACUUUGAUCUCUACCAACUCCAUGACAUUGGACAAGUUACUUCACCAUUCUAGGCCUCAGUUCCUUAUCUUUAAAAUAAGGAAGUUGGAAUAGAAGAUGAACUAUAAGGUUCCUUCUAACUCUGCAUCCUAUGAUCCUAUAAUAAGUUCAUAAAAUGAAGGCUUUGAUGACGCAUUAGCUUCAUUCCACUAUUUCUCCAUAUUGUAACUUUUUAAAAAGUCCAAGCAAUAAUGCACAAGAGUCAUCUUAAAGAAAAACAAUUCAAUUCAACAAAGUAAAGUGCCUACUGUAGGCAAGGCAUCAUGCUAGGUACUGGGGACACAAAGAAAAAAAGAAAUGAAUAAUCCUGCCUUCAAGGAGCUUACAUUCUACUGGAAUGUUCACAAGUACAUACAAAUGUAACCCAAGCCUCAAAGCACAUUUAUAUGAGGCUCUCCUAUUUGGUGGAAAUUGAUUAUUUAAUGAUCUCUACCUGUCAAGAAGUAGAGUUGGUAUCUAGGGGGCAGCUAGGUGGCGCAGUGGAUAGAGCACCAGCCCUGGAUUCAGGAGGACCUGAGUUCAAAUCUGG